CGUCCCGUCCCGUCCCGUCCCGUCCCGUCCCGUCCCGUCCCCGCACAGCACAGCCCGGCCCGCCAUGAGCUGCCGGCAGCCGCUGCCGAGCGAGCGGGGAGCGAGGCAGAGGAAGAGGAGGCGGAAUGGCAGUGAAGAUGAUGGUCACGUUCCCCAGACAAAGCGUAGUACCAGGAAUACUGUCCUUCAGGACUCUUGGGACACUGAGUCCUCCAGCAGCGAUAGCGGCAGCAGCAGCAGCAGCUGUAGUAGCAGUAGCAUCAACAGCCCUGACAGAGCGUGCGGUGCAGAAACCAGCCUAAACCCCGUCAUUGCGGGAUCCAGCCCUGUCUCCUCUCAGUCCUUCCAUGAGCAGUCUGCACUAAGCCAAGGUCCUUACUUCCACAUCAACCAGAUCCUGAAGGAGGCACACUUCCACAGCUUACAGAGCCGGGGACGCCUUCCCACAUGAUGAACCAGCAGCUCCCUGCCUUCUGUGAAGGGACAGCACUGUGUAGAUUUGAUAUUUCAACUCAAAAAGUUUGUUAAAAAUGGAAUUGCACAAAAUGCCUGUUGCCUUUUCAGUCUAUAUUUGAAAUAACAGGUUAACAGGGAAUUGUUUACUUGUGGUUUGCUGCACUAUUGCAAUGCAAAAGGGGCUUUGAAGCAAUUUUUAUAGGAUUCUUUUUUGGGGUGGUUCUAAAGUACUUGUCAAGAGGAGACUUGAGGAAUCCACAUUUGUGUUAUAGGAUUGCAAAAUGUCCAAUUCCAAUCGACUGCCUAAUCUGUUUGUUAGCAAUUUGUUGCUUUCUGUAAAGUUCUUUCAAGCGUUCAUCUUCAGUUUUAUAAGUCUUUUUUAAUUUCAAUAAACUAGUAAAAAAUUUAUUUGGCAACAUAAUUCCUUUGAGCAUUGAGAGUUACGGAGGCAGGAAGAACAGGCGCUGUCACUGGAAUCCCUUAGGACUGCUCCAGUGGCAAACUUCCCACCUAGCUCAGUGCAGGGUGAGCUUCAUCUGGAUUGAGCUUUACUGCUGCAGUACUGAAAUGUGAAACUAGAAGCAGGAUUUAGAAGCAGGAAGGUUCAGGCAGCUGGAGCUGUAGUGCCAGCCGCCUGCUGGGUUCAUACUGGAGCAGACUGGUGGUGCCCGAUGGCAAGAGGAGACUGAUGUUGCUCCAGUGCCCAUUUCUAGCUGUGAAAUGUUUUGUUUUCUGUUACAGUGUGUAGGUUGUUUGGGUUUUUUUUUUCCUUUAAUUUGAUUUUAAGGCUAGCAACUUCCAAGGAAUAGGAGAUGGAAGAGUAGCUGCACCUCUGUUCCAGCAGCCAGAGGGCAUGGACGUCCCUGACCUGCGCCGGGUUCACGUGGCACGCUGUGACCUGGCUAAGGACAGAAUCUACUCCUCUUCUGACAGCACCAGCAGAGGUGGCCCCGGUCCCUGCCAAGGGGGGAGAACGAUCUCAGUGAAGACAGACACACAGCCAGAUGGUUUAGUUUUUACUGGGUCACUUGGUCAUGCCAGAAAGCCAGCCCAGCUUGAAGAGAGAAGGUGCCGCCGUGUCUUCCUCCUCGGUUACAAGCUGCCUGAACAAAGAGCCAGGGCGCGACGCCUCGUCUUCUGCUCUUGUGAGUACAGGAGGUGGAGCCUGUUGGUUCGUAAAACAAAAGCAUCUGUAACUAUUACAGCAUACCUCUGCGUUCUCCCUGCCCUCAGCUGCAGCAGCUGCAAGGAGGUAUGGACUGCAGAACAGCUCUUCCCAGGCAACGGGAGCUUGACCCACAACCGAAGCGGUGCCACUCCUGGUGGUGAGUGACAGACUGUUCUGAGCAGCAGAAGCACAGCAUCUGGCUGUUGUUAGCAACAGGUGACUCUUUUGAUGUCAUUCAAAGCGGACUUUCACCUCUCCAAAACCAUUUGAGCGUAAAAGAAGGAGCAAGCAUCUGUCAGGGGUUGACAGAAGCGUGGCUACCACCGAACACACGUGUGCCACCACUGCAGGUGAGGGGAGUGGUAGGAGCGAGCACACACCACUGCACGCUUCUACACUCUACUCCAGCUGAGGUGCAAGAGGUAAAGAAUACCUUUAGUGUGAAGCUUUGGGCUUUCACACAGCCUUCAUGCUAUGUCUGGUCCUUCGUGGUCUGAAUAAUGGAGAACAAGAGUUGCAGAGUGAACAUCAGCAUCUCCAGUACCACUCUGCUCUGUAAACCAGACCUUUUCUGUCCCCCUUGGAGGGACAUCACCACAGAUGGAUUAUUGUGUUAGUAAUAGCUAAAGGAAAGAGAUCACUAAUUACUGCUUCCUGUAGCAGUGAGGUAUUCCUUGGCUCUCGAGCCUCAGCAUAGAGAACACCAUCUAAGCAGAUGUUUUAAAUGUAGCAACGUUACAGUUGUCUACUGCUAAAACUCAGAAACAGGACAACACAAAGCCUUUGCAAGAGAAGCAAGCCACUCUGCUCACACAGGCUUCAAUACCCAAGCCAGGCUUCGUCAGGAGUUAGAGGUCAGCAUCCCACUGGAAAGGAGUUCAGAUAAUUAGCUUGUAUCCUUCAACAGUUCUUGCAGCCAUCUUUAAAUGAACUGUCUUUUAUGCAGUGACCACAAAAUGCCUCAUCCCUGCAUUUUCAUGGUGGUUAUUGCUUAUGUUUUACCACAGAGCAGCAGGCCCCCAAAAUACAGGGGCCAUCAGGUUGGGGUUUUGAGGGUCGGGGGAAACCCAACCCAUCUCGUGCUGUGUUGCUGCACUGGUUCUCUCGUUUUACCGAAAAUAAAGAUCAGGUUAAACAUGAA